GUCUACCGUGCCUAGCUGUUGGUGGCAAGUGCAAGCAGGUUCCUGGUCCAUGGCGCUAAUGAGCGUCUGUGUUGGUAUAUAACAACGUUUCCUGGUGUCUCCCAAUAUUCAAGCCCUCAGACGACGACGCACUCCUUUAACACUCUCAUAAUGACGACUCCUAUUAACAACGACUCCAAAGACCCCGUUCUCCUGGCUGAUGCCUUACCCCAAUGUCUUCGAACCAUCUUUGAUAAGAAGGGAAAGGACGCAGAGCUCACCUACAAAUACAAGUCGGCAAGCUCUUCCGAAGGCGAGAUCAUAAUCGACCUAGUUCUAUUUCUCAAACUAGUGAUCUCCGAGGCGAAGGUGUCUGCUGAGGUUGCUGCUCUCGUAUGGGCCGCUGUCAAGGCCCACUUCAAGGACAUCGUUGAAGAGAAGAAUGGGAGCUUGAUUCCUUGUGUUGGUGAAAAGACGUGGGGAGAGACAUUUGCAAAGCUCGAGAAAGACCGGAAGAAGUUGAAGGCGAAGCUAGAGAAACCGCUCGAGACAGAGGCUAUUAAGUGGAUUACAUGGCUUCUAGUCCCUCUGAGAGACCCGAAGAAGAAGCCACGGCAGAGCAACCAGCAACCAGGCAACCAGCAACAAGGCAACCAGCAACAAGGCAACCAGCAACCAGGCAACCAGCAACAAGGCAACCAGAACAGUCGACAACCUGACUUCACUGAAAAAGUUCUCGAACGAGACAGAUACACAUGCCCCGUUACUGGUGCUAUUAACAAAGGUUUCAAAGGAAAUCAAUAUGCCCAGGGUACACAGGCUCCUCGAGGGUACCUCGAGGUCGCUCAUAUCAUGCCUCACCAUCUUAAUAACGGAGGGGAAGCUCUGAAGUAUUAUGAGCGAUUCUGGUCUGGCGGUAUCACUGCGGCAAAUUUUGACACGCUCGUCAACGACGUCUCUAAUGGUCUUCCACUCGAUCGUAACUUCCACAUCUCUUUUGAUAAACUUGAAUGGUCCAUCGAAGCCAGUGCCACGGAGUACAUCCUCCGUUAUACAUGUAACGGUCAGCCUUCCGUAGGAAGAAUCCUUCCGGACACUACGGACGGUAAGAAGCUGAUCUUCGGCACUGGAGAUGCAACUCUCGCGAAACCGAACCGCGAUUUUUGUAACCUCCAUUAUGCCAUCUGCCGUGUCGCCAAUCAGUCUGGAAUGGCGGAUGUCUUCAAUGCCAUGUACAAGGACGACGACGAGGAUUUGUGGGGCGAUUCCGCGGAUCCUGUGUUUGGGGAUCCUUCCAAGGUUGGAAGAGCAUACCGGCCCACUCCGCUGGAUGAUGACGAGGAGGGGGAGGAACUCGGAUAUGAUAGAUAUCAGAAGAAGUUCGCGCUGGAAGUCCCGGGCGGAAAGGUCCUUACAGCGAGAUCGUGAAGUCUCUGUUGCUCAACGGACGUUCGCUUUCUUCAGUGUCAUAUUCCAACGAUACCGAAGUGAUAUUGUCCGGCAUACAUGAGGUUGUAGAAUACUUAGGAGUGGCAAUUUCACCAUCCGAGCGUUCAGGACCUUUGUGAGAUG